AUGUCAAAAGCAACGAUCGAACGCAGGGCGAUCAGCAUCUUAUACGACUUUCAAAAGGCGCGCAAGGUCUGGGGCGAUCUUGUUUCGGAUGGAUUGACACAGGCGAAUGCUCUAGUCAAUGUGCAAUUGCAACAAGGAUAUGUGGACAACCCCGGAUAUUGGCCGCCGGCAUUGGAUCAAUUUUUGGAUCUCAAGGAGCGCUUUGAGAGUAAACUCCAAAAGAAGGCGGAAGCCAUGGCCCUGGACUUUGAGACGACCUUUGAGAAGCUGAGCGCACAAUACUCAAAGAUGAAACUGCAGACGAGUCAGUUUGAAUACUUGAUGGAGGAAGCAACGGAGACUUUUGGCGAAGCAUUCACAUAUCGGGAACCUCUGGGCAGUACAUGCACGUUAGAACAGAUCUGGAUUCAGCUGGACCGGGUCUUUGAGCUCUACACACUACAGAUCACGCUUAACAGAGAGAUUCUAGAUCAACUCGUCGCACGGAAUCAGCACCAUCAACCGCAGUUCAUUAGGGACCCAGGAACCUUGAGUGCGCAGCGCGGAGGGUAUUCGGAUACGACAGGGGCUUCAGUUACAGAGAACACGGUUGAUAUGGGAGGCAAUCAUGGCCUGAGUGGAUUCCUACCGCCGGUACGGAGGGAUAAAGAUCAAGGCAUGAUCCUGCUUUCCGCGUGGUUGAACCAGCCGCAUCUCAAGCCGGACGUCUUGGUAGCUUUUGAUGAAUUUUGUCAAAUUGAGCUUUUUACGAAUGAAUAA